CGGUUAGUUAGCGGAGCGGCUCGCGGGCAGCGGCAGAGGGAUGGUCUCGCGCUCAGAGGCGUCAGGUCAUGUUGUCCGCGCGGCCGGAGACCUGCCGGCGUGUCACCUUCAGCGGAGCGGGACCGGCGGGACCGGCGGCGACGCCGGCUCGAGGACCCGAGGCCGGGAUGGGCGUGGAACCGUGUCCUCACAAGCUGGGAUCGACCAAUCACCUUCGACUUCUUCUCUACAUCCUGAUCCCCACCGUGAGCCUGCUGGCCGGCCUGCUGCUGCUCGUCCUCGCCCUGACCGGUAUAUUUGGCAGCAGCCUCCUGGACUCCAGCCCCCUCCCCUCCCCCGAGCCCAUGGCCGACGACGACCCUGGUUACCACGGCAACAGCACAAACCCCUCCUCCUUCUCCUUUGAGGAGAACAUCUCGGCCUUGCCACCAAUCCACAGCGAGGACGACGACACCAUCACACACGGCCCUGACCGCAGCACACCUGCUUCCACCACCAGCCGUCCUCCAGCCUCCUCCUCCUCUCAGGCCCCGCCCACACAGCACUACACAACGACUCCUGAUUGGCUGACCUCUGUGACAUCAAUGAGCACCACCUGGUCGAUCAGCACCACCUCUGCGCCUGACUCAGGCAGCUGUCAGCUGAUCGUGGAGCCUCAGUGUCACAUGUUGCCCUACAACCAAACAUGGCUGUCGUCCUCCGUCGCCGUGGUGAAGAGUUCGGAGGUCGACAUGUUGCUAAGGUUCUUCAGCUACCUCAGCAGACUGUCCUGCUACAGACACAUCAUGCUCUUCGGCUGCUCGCUGGCGCUGCCCGAGUGUAUCGCUGCUGACGGCACACACAACAGGCGGGUCGUGUUGCCCUGCGCGUCGUUCUGCGAGGCGGCGAGGGAAGGCUGUGAGCCCGUCCUCCAGAUGUUCAACGCCUCCUGGCCCGAAUUCCUGCGCUGCUCACAGUUCAGCAACAUCACCUCCGCUGUGUCGCCGCCUUCAUCAUCAUCAUCAUCACCUUCAUCAGCAUCAUCACCAGCACCAUCAUCAUUGCCAGCAUCACCAUCACCAUCUUCAUCAUCACUAUCGCCCAUGACAACAGCAGGACCCGCCCCUUCUGUCUGUUACACGCCGAGACAGAUCAAAGGGAAACCCUCUGUGUGUGGCGGGAAGGACCACUUCCUGUGUGCGACGGGGAUCUGUGUCCCUCAGAAACUGGUGUGUAACGGCUACAACGACUGUGACGACUGGAGCGACGAGACACACUGCGUGUGUACAGAUGGAAAGUUUCGGUGUAACACUGGUCGGUGUCUCUCGCCCUCUCUGGUGUGUGACGGAUAUGACGACUGUGGAGACCUGAGUGACGAACUCAACUGUGUGUGUGAUCUGGCCCGGGAGCAUCGCUGUGGCGACGGCCGCUGUGUGUCCAGAGACUGGCUGUGUGACGGAGACCACGACUGUCUGGACAAGAGCGAUGAGCUCAACUGCUCCUGUAAGAGUCAGGGUCUGUUGGAGUGCAGGAACGGUCAGUGUAUUCCUUCUGCGUUCCGUUGUGAUGGUGAGGAUGACUGUAAAGACGGCAGCGACGAGGAGCACUGCACCAGAGAGCAGACUCAGGGUGUGUGCGUUCCCGGUCAGCCCAGCUGUAUUUCCACUUCCUGUCCAUCAGUGUGCGCGGCGGGCAGCGCCACCUGCGACCCCCGAAACAACAACAACUGCACUCGCUGCGAGCCUAUCAGUCUGGAGCUCUGCAUGAACCUGCCCUACAACCUGACAAGCUACCCAAACUACCUGGGACACCUGUCCCAGAGGGAGAGCUCGGUGUCCUGGGAGUCCUCUCUGUUCCCCGCCCUGGUCCAGACUGGCUGCUACCAGUACCUCAUGUUCUACGCCUGCACGCUGCUGGUCCCAAAGUGUGACCCGGUCACCCUACAGAGGGUCCCGCCCUGCAGGUCGCUGUGUCGUAAUGCGAAGGGGAAGUGUGAGUCGGUGCUCGGCAUUGUGGGAUUGCAGUGGCCCGAGGACUCAGACUGCAGUCAGUUUCCAGAGGAGGGAGGGAACACGACCUGCCUGCUGCCGGAGGACGGAGUCGACGAGUGCUCGCCCAGCCACUUCAAGUGUCGGUCCGGUCGCUGCGUCCUGGCCACCAAACGCUGUGACGGACACCUGGACUGUGAUGACCACAGUGAUGAGGACAACUGUGGCUGCUCUGAGCGCGCUCUGUGGGAGUGUCCUGGCAGUAAGGUGUGUAUCAAAGCCAGCAUGAUCUGUGAUGGGUUCCCAGACUGCCCCCUGCUGGUGGACGAGGCUAACUGCACUGUGUGCAGAGACAACGAGCUGUCCUGUAACAACCAUCAGUGUGUCCAUCGGACUCUGUGGUGUGACGGACAGAGACACUGUUCUGACAGCUCGGACGAGUGGGACUGUGUGUCGCUGUCCGAUCGAUCGGGUUCUGUUCUGACCGUCUUCAGGACGGCGGCCGAGUAUCAGGUCUGUGCCGACGAGUGGAACCACGAUCUGAGCGUACUGACCUGCAACCAGCUGGGACUAGGAGUUCCUUCCUCUGUCUCCAUGGUAGCUGACCAGCCUGGGGUCCCAGGCCGUCGCCGUUGGUUACACGUCCAUCCUGAGUGGAACCAGAGGAACGGAUCGGCUCUGCAGGCCCGACUGGAGAAGAGAAGUCACGCGUGUCAUUCCAGGAGGAGAGUGUCGGUGCUUUGUACCAAAGAAGAUUGCGGUGUGCGUCCGGCGGUGAGCAUCCACCCUCACAGGAAGAAGAGGAUUCUGGGAGGCCGGGUGUCGAGGCGGGGGGCGUGGCCGUGGCAAUGCUCGCUUCAGAGCGGCCAGAGCGGUCACGUCUGCGGCUGCGUCCUCAUUGGCCGGAGGUGGGCGCUGACGGUCGCUCACUGCUUCGAGGGGAGGGAGAGUGCUGACCUGUGGAAGGUGGUGCUCGGCCUGAACAACCUGGACCACCCAGGAGCUCACAGUCAGAGCCGUGGCGUGCGCUCCAUCAUCGUACACCCACGCUACAACCGGGCUGUGGUCGACUACGACAUCAGCGUGGUGCAGCUGGACUCUGAGGUGGAGGAGACGGACUUCGUCAGACCGGUGUGUCUGCCCGACCUCGGCCAGCUUCCUUCUCCUGACUCCUACUGCUACAUCACAGGCUGGGGUCACAUGGGCAACAGGAUGCCCUUCAAGCUGCAGGAGGGGGAGGUUCGGAUCAUCUCGUUGUCUCAGUGUCAGUCGUACUUCGACAUGAAGACCAUCACUCCCAGGAUGCUUUGCGCCGGUUACGACGCAGGAACUGUGGACUCGUGCAUGGGCGACAGCGGCGGUCCGUUGGUGUGUGAGGAGGACGGCAGUGGUCGCUGGACUCUGUUCGGCCUGACGUCUUGGGGCAGUGUGUGCUUCAGUAAAGUGCUCGGACCUGGAGUGUACAGCAACGUGACGCACUUCACACCCUGGAUCCAACAACAGAUCUACAUCCACACAUACCUCACUGACUGACACACACACACACACACACACACACACACACACACGGCACUUCCUGCUCUGAGCUCGCUGCUUCCUGUCUCCAGCAUUCCAGGAGGAAGUGAUGCAAUCGUCAGUCACACACACACACACACACACACACACACACACACACACAGACACACACACACCUUCCGUUCCUCUACCUGUGCCUAUAUCUAUACUGAUAGCCUUCAGAUGCUAACUGCUGUCUGAGCAGUAGUGUUAACUAGCAUUACAGAUGCUAACUAGUCAGCUAGUAGAGCUGUAGUUCAACAAGUAAACUCCACAUUCAUAUGAUUAACACAAGACUGAAGUAUUAUUUUUAUGACUGCACAGAGUUGGUUUGUCGCUCAGAAACAUGUGGAAGCAAAAGAAGCUGUAAGACUUUAAACUGUUGAACCAGAAUGUGCUGUUGAGUUUAAAUAUAAGAGUAGUUAUUUAAUACUACACACACUGAAAGCCGCUUUGAAUCUAUAAUGACACAGAAAACAAGACAGUCGAUUCUGGAUGUACUUAACAUUUUUAUAAUAUGUUAGCUAUAAAUAACAACUUAACAAUAAACAAUAUAUUUUUGUCACCAAAGUACGUUUAAGUCUCAACGUAAAACAAAAGUUUAAAAUUUCAAAACUUCAUGUGUCUUUUUGAAAAUGUUAAAAGUGGAAAUGCACACGUCAUAAAACAAGACGUGCUUUAACAGUCCUUUCAGCGCUGUAAACUUUGUGGUAUUUAAACACCAAUGAUAAGUUUGCAGUAGCACGGACAAAUAUUAGGGCUGCUGUAAAACAAAAAACUGUAGAAAAAAACAAAAACCCCUCUCACUUUUAGCUGAAAGUGAAAAAAAUUCAAAGUGAAAAGGUCCGACCAGUUUACAGUCACGUAAACUGUACAGUGACUGUAAAGUUCAUGUGACUGUAAAGUUUACGGUGGCCCUGAUAAUCUUCAGUACAGCGGUGGUCAGUUGCCUAUAAAAUAUAAAUUAUUACGGUCUUCCUUUGCUUCUAUAAACAUGUCAGAAUAAAGGUUAUUUGUUCAUUUGUAUUUCAGUGGCAGCAGUAACUCAGAGGAAACAUUUCCUGAUGUUCUCCACCUGUCAGGUAUAUUUUUAUGACGAUAAACGAGGCUUCAGUUUUAUCGUUGCAUUCAUUCAAAGUGAGCAGAGCUUGUUGUUGGUUUGUGCGUGUGUAUUGGACGUAAACACACAUUUAUUUGUAGAAUUGUUCAUUGUCAUUAGAACAUUGUCACAACGUUCAGGCACUCAGCACUGAAUUUCUAAGAAGCUGCUAGCUAAAACGAACCAGUUGAGCACUCAACUUCCCACAAUGCUUCACUCUAUAGUGCCUGUACUUAAAGUUAGCAGUAAGAAAACAACCUUGUUACCUGUACAAUGUCGUACUGUACGUAUGUGUGAGACAGAACGAGAGUGAGAGAGAGAGAGAGAGAGAGAGAAAGAGAGAGAGAGGAUUAUUUUUUUUGCUUCUAUAAAUACAGGGGCAACUUAUUUGGGCAACUUUGAUGGACAACACUUUUUUAGCGUUUUAUUCACACAGUGUUUGACUUACAGUUAUAUUCUAAUCUGAAACAAUACAAUCAAAACAUUAAACCCAUGUUUGAUUUCACUGUUUAUCAUUUCGUAUAAAUGUUUAAUGUUUCUGAAGUUGAGUUAGAAUAAGAGUAAAACUGAGUGGAGUUUAGUCACGAUGUUAGCAUAUGCUAACAGUGCCGCUUUAGCUUUUAGUUCACAGACAAUUUGGUCAAUUUAAAAGAAGCAUUAUUAGCCUAACCUUACUAUUGCCUAAGAUAGCUAGCAGACUCACUAACACAAAUAUUCAACUGCCACGUUAGCACCAGUUAGAUUGUGAAGCACAAACAUAGCUUAGCCUUUAGCCAAUAAAGAUAAUUAAUUCGUUUUCAUUAAGUUUUGUAAAUGUAACUUUGUCUCAUCUGAGAAGCUAAGCUAAACCUAAUUAGCAGCUUCAGCCAAUGAAGCUAACGAGCCGUCAAAUAUAUGACAAUGUACAGAGAAGAUAGAAUUCUGCUAACUGCUAAUGUUAGCUAAUAUCAGUGCAAACUCUACUUACUGUACAGAUCUGAUAUAAUUUGCGACAUGUCUUUUUUACCAUCUUUCAUUAAAACUUAGUUGAGAAAGUUAAUGUUAGAUCACUUUAAUGGUUAUAUGAUGUUUUAUUGAGUAGUUAACUCCGAGCACAUUUAUGCUUUUAAGCUAACAGGCUUCAAGAUUUACUAGCUAUUGCCUAACUAGCUAGCAGACUCACUAGAAUACAAAUAAUUAACUGCCACAUUAGUGCCAGCUAGAUUAUGAAGCACAAAUGUAAAAUAUUGCCAAUAUAGAUUAUCUAACAUUUUUGUGAAUGUUAGCAUCAAGCUAGAUUAGCUUUGCCAAGUAUGUAUGAACAGCUUUGAUCCAGUUGUGUCAUUUUAACAGCAGCAGUUAACCAGACAAUGUGGAUACAUUAGAUAGUUAGAAGCUAACGCAACAAAGUAGCUGUCAAAUUUGUGACAAUGUCAGGAAUAGUAUUCAGCUAACUGCUAACGUUAGCCAUUGGAAGUACAGACAGAAAGAAAACUAACUCCAGAGUUUUGUUAUCAUUUUCAGCUUCUCUCAUUUCUGUUUUCAUCCCCUUUCAGCAACACUUAGUCUAUAAAGUUAAUCACAUAUACUGUUUUAAGCUAACAGGCUUCUUACUGAAUUGACUGAAUAUCUUUUAAACAUAAGUUUUCGUACAAAGUCUGACAGCUGUGACUGAGAAACAUGUUGCACCUUUUUGGACUUUUGCAUUUAAGCAACAGAAUAUACAGUUAUAUCCACACAUCGCUCAGUCCUGUUGUCAAAAUUUGACAAAACUACAACAAAGCUAGAUGAACUAAGUAAUGUUAAGAUAUGAAAUAAUGAAGCUAGUUCCAUAAUCAAAGAAAGGACUCCAUGUUUGACUGAAUGUACUUUCACUGCCUCGUAUCUUUGGAGACAUUUAAACACUCUUAAUGUUGUGUCAGUUUUCCACUUGGAAUUUGUAGACUUGACAUUUUUCAAGUUAUUCUUGAAGAUAAAAACUUUAAGUAUCGUAAAAAUGUGCUACUCAGUAAUUUGCGCACAAAAUGAUCCUUUCUCACUUUGUUCCUUUUUUCUUCAUCACACCUGCCAGACUGUGUGAGGUUAUUUAAAACAGAGCAGAAGAGGAAGUCUCUACUUUAGUUUGAAGAGGAAAAAUCAACACAUUUUCAUUUGAAAAGAGGAUUUGAGAUGUUUCCGGCCCAGAGUUGCCCAGCUGAUUGCCCGUGUAGCCUCCAUGCUAACGUCGAACUGACAUCCAAACAUUCCAAGUGGUUGUUGUUGUUGUUUUGUGUGUUUGGUUUUUUAAGAGUAUUUUUCUACAGCUUUUUGUAUGUCAUGCCAAUUACACAGGGCUGUUAGUGAGUGUGUGUGUAUGUGUCUGAGUGUGUGUGUGUGAAUGUGUGUGCGUGAUUUGAUUUGUGUGUGUUUCUGACAUCACUUCCUGAUUUAGCUGUUACGACUUUGUUAUCAUGACGAUGAUGUUGAUGUUGUUGAUGAUGAAGAUGAUGAAGAUGAACAGUGUUAUUGAUCAUAUGGAUUUAGAUUAACAGACUGCCGCCUCUGAUCUGAUGUUUUUGUGUAAACGUGAACAUUUGGUUUGUAUCACCUGUAUCCCACCAAUAAAACUAUACACUGUCA